AUGGAACCGGAACCGUCCAUUACCACUCUCCUCGAGGCUAUCAACGCCCUUGCCAACCAAGUCGGGUCCUUGCAGGCCCAAAUCAAAUCACAGGACGAGCAAAUCACUCAGCUCGUUGCCAUAUGCAAGGAAACCAACGACCUCGUUGGUGACAAAGACCAGGGCAGAGCCCAAACCAAGCCUGGCCCAUCGACUGGGCCUGUCACCCCUCCAACCCACUCAGGGGGGAAGCCCACACUCCAGGUACGAGGAACAGGGUUUGACUCGGAGGAAGACGAAGAACCAAGGGCCCCCAAAAAGGAGCCUCAAGGAACGCCUAGAAGGCACCUCGGGUCCCUUACCCCAUUUGAUGCUGGGUCCAGCGUGAAGAGACCCAAGAUGGACCUCCCCGACCCAUACAAGGGAGAUACCAGGGGACGCAAGGCCACUCAGUGGCUUGAUCGAAUGAUGCUCUGGGUUGCCCUACAUAGGGACCAAUUCGACAAAGAGGAGCAAAUGGUUGUAUGGAUCCUGUACCAUAUGACUGAUAAAGCCGCCGACUGGGCUCUCCCCAUUAUUGGGGCCAUCAUCAAGGGCGAAGGCAAUCCCCCCACCACCAUCCAGGCCUUAACGGCCAAGUUCAAAGAAGCAUUUGCCGACCCCGACGCCAAGCGAGCUGCCGCUAGAAAAAUUGCGGCUCUCUCCCAAACAACCACCACCUCCGAGUACGUCACAGAGUUCCGCAAUCUCAUGGCGGAAUUGGACUGGAACAAGGAGGCCUAUAUUGCGCAGUUCACGCGAGGCCUCCACUGGAAGGUCAAGGAACUACUAUCAACCAAGGAUAGUAUUCCCGAUGAACUUGAGGCAAUUUUCGCGGCCUCUAUUAAGAUCAACAACAUUCGCCGCGAAAAUGAGGAGAACCGCCCCAAAAAGGCUCCUGCCAAAUCCCCGGUCACCGCGACUACCUCCACUUCCACCACCACCACUAGGGUUCGCCUAUCCGAGGACCCCAACUACGUCACCCCGGAGGAAAGGGACCGCCGCCGCGCAUCUGGGCUAUGCGUCAAAUGCGGGCAAAAGGGCCACGGCAUCAAGCAAUGCCCCAGUGGCUGGAAAGCCACAAUUAAGGAGGAGGCCAAGGUUGCUGAGGUAUCUGAUUUGGGAAAAGAUUGA